CCUGACCGAGUUCAUUAAUGCGAAGAGGAAGGGGAGGGGGUGGGAAGCUCUUCUUCUACGAUGUGCUGAGCGCUGCCGUUUCAUUUCACCACCGCCUCCGAGCAGCUCAGUCCUCCCCUCUCUCUCUCUCUCUCUCUUUUUUUUUCUUUCUUUCGGAGGGGGUUUAAAGGACGUUAUCUCACAUUUUUUCGAUGAAAAAGCGGCCACGUCUUUGAUUAUUUCGUUUGUACCCCGCAGCCUUCACCGGUAAGACCACUCUCCAGGGGCGGCGACGAGAGAAGUUUAAACCGCCCAGCUGCCGCUCAGAAGACGCCGGAUCCGAGCUCUCACGAUCCUACACAUCGCUAUCUUUAGUGUGUGUGUUUUUUUUUGGGGUGUGUGUGUGUGUGUGUGUGGGGUGCAAGUUAUCUUCGACUUCAGUGAAGUUUGUUUUAGAGGACCGCUCAUCCAAAACCCCCGGCAUCAUGACUCGGAGAUCCUGUGCCAUUUACGCCACCGGGAUCGUGUGCGCUCACCUCCUGAUAGUGGGGAUCGCCCUGGUCGUGGCUCAAGUCUUCCAAACAAUGAUCCACAGCCGGUUAAAAAAGGAAAUUACUUUGACAGAGAAGAGCCAAAUGUUUGAAGCUUGGAAGAAUCCACCUCCACCGGUUUAUAUGGAGUAUUACUUCUUCAACGUGACCAAUCCAGAUGUGUUCUUGGCUGGCGGGAAGGCAGCCGUUAAACAGAUCGGACCAUAUACUUACAGGGAAUACAGGCCGCGGGUGAACGUGACUUUCCUGGAGAACGGCACCAAGCUCUACGCCCUGAACCCCAAAACCUUUGUGUUUGUGCCGGAGAAGUCAGCCGGUAACCCCGAGGUCGACAUCGUCAGGACUGUGAACAUCCCGUUUGUGGCCAUCAUGAGCGAGCUGAACUCCUACUCCUUCUUCCUGCGAACUUUGGUUUCCAUGUACAUAAACAGCCUGGGCGUCGAGGUGUUCAUGUCCCGCACUGUCCACGAGGUUCUGUGGGGCUUCAAGGACCCUCUGCUCACAAAGGUCCACUCCAUGAAGCCCGAAGUGGACGAAUACUUUGGGCUGAUGUGGAAGAAAAAUGGCACCCAUGAAGGAGAGUUUGUGUUCCACACCGGCGAGGAGAAUUACUUGGAUUAUGGCAAGAUCGACACGUGGAACGGCAUGAGGGAGAUGUCGUGGUGGUCUUCAAAUCAGAGCAACAUGAUCAACGGUACGGACGGCGCCGUCUUCCACCCGCUGAUAAACAGAAACGAGCUGCUCUACAUCUUCGCUGCGGAUCUCUGCAGGUCUAUCCAUCUAGCCUAUGUGGAAGAUGUGGAGGUGAAAGGCAUCCAGGCGUACCGCUUCGCCCCCCCCAACGAUGUCCUCAUGAACCCCAAAGAAAACCCCAGUAACGCGGGCUUCUGUGUGCCGGCUGGAGACUGUCUCGGCACCGGGGUGCUUAAAGUCAGCGUUUGUCGAGAAGGUGCUCCCAUCGUGGUGUCUUUCCCCCACUUUUAUCAAGCGGACCCGAAGUACAUCAACGCCAUUGAAGGGCUGAGCCCCAACAAGGAGGAACACGAGACGUACCUCGACCUGCAACCGACCACAGGGGUUCCCAUUCGUGCCUGCAAGAGAGCUCAGCUCAACAUCAUCCUGAAAAGAAUCCAAGGCUUCCCCAAAACCAAGUUCAUCAACGAGACCAUUUUCCCCAUCAUGUUCGUCAAUGAGACGGCGACGGUCGACGAUGACUCGGCGUCCCAGAUGAGGACGAUGCUCCUCAUCGUGACUCUGGUGUCAAACUUCCCGUUGCUCAUCGUGGGCAUGGGCAUCAUCCUGCUGCUGGUGCUCGUGGUCUUGUUCUGCCGAAACCGCCAGAAGAAGAAUGAAGUAAAACGUAUUGAUUUUACUGAAGCUUUUCAUUCUUUUACUACGGUGAAAGACGACACGGCCUACACGCAGGUCAGCGACAAACCCGACGAGCCGUCACAAACGCCGGCCAGCCAGCCAACGAGGAACGGCUCCUACAUCGCCAUGUCUCCAGUGGAGGCCCAGAAGUGUUGAUCGAGAGUCCCCUCCCCCAAGUGAGGAGCUCAGGAAGGGGGGCUGAGGGAGCAGCACAGGGGGUGUUACAUUACCAUGGGUGGGGGAUGUAGGGAGGAAAGGGGUGGGACACGCAUUUGAUGUGUAGUCAACAAAGACAAUUGCUCCUCUCACUCAGCCCUCUUAUGACUGUCUGUCCUCCUCUGCUCUACCUGCUGAGCGCGGCCCCUCACUGCCGGGCCGUACUGCAAAACAGCAAACUCCCACACUCUUAUUCCUCUUUUCCGUCCUGGUCGGCCUUAAGGGACUCCGGGCUGGCGCGGCCAGGAUAAGCCUUUUUUUUUUUCUUUUCUUCUUCUUCUUCCCAAUACUACUUCUGAGGGAACACGUAGCACAGUUGUCGCUGUCGCACACGGAUGCCGAUGCUGCUCAAAGAGUGUUUUAGUGGGUGUUGUUACCGAUGUAUUCCUGCUCCUUUCCGCCGCGUCAGUGGAGGAAAUUCAUUUUUUUUCUUCUUUUUUAAAAAAAAAAAAAAAAA